AUGCGCGAAACUUCGGACCCGGCUAGCAACAACGCAGCCAAUCCGGACGAAGCAUGGAAAGAUUCAAACUUGAACGAGUGAAACGUACGUUUGAUUUCGUCGUUGGCUGUUCUCGAGGAACGUUCUCUGGUAUUUCGCUCUGUCCCGCCUUUAAAAGUUCAAUUGAAUAUCGAGUGUACGAGCUAAAAGUAAGGUCAGAGAUCGCAGGGAGAAGAAGUUUUAGAUACACGAGUUCUCUUGUGUGAGAAAUAAACAAGAGACGUAAAUAACUGACAUAAAUAGUUACAUAUUAUUAUUAGCUACUGUUGGAUGGCAUUUAUAUUUUGACUUAUAGUGAUUAUUUUUCUCUUUAUGACUUGAUACCAGCAUAUUUUGCGUACACGCUAUAUAUAUCUUACUGAUUGACACAAUGGAGGACCUUGAUCUGCAAGCACCACAAUGGAUAGAUUUUACUGAAACUCAUAGUCCAAUGAGGACGCAGGAUUUCUUCGAAAAAUCACACUCAAUUCACGAACGUAUAGAGGAUCUUUGUGACUCUACUUCUGAGAAUAUGGAGAAUAUUCGGUUCACGUCUAACACAAAUGUCAUAUGUGCUAGCACAGAGGUGCAAGCAGACUUAGAAAUUAUAAAGAGUACUCCUAUCAAAAUAGCUUCCCCGAAACAUGGUAACAAUGAGGAACUAGAAGAGACUACUUAUGAUCAAGUACUCAGCGACGCGAUGAGGCAACUGGAGCUCUGUAAAAAGCCACUUAAAAAAACUCGAGAAGCACUGAAUAAAACUACCCAGGAGUCGACUAUUUUUAUAACACCAAAUGUGCCUAAAACCAUUAAAUCAUCUAAAAUCGCCUGUCGUAGUGUAUCGAAUAAAUACAUUCAAACAAAAGUGGUUAAAAAUAUCUGUAUUUUAGGCACUGACAUGUCUGAAAAUGCAAAAGGAACAUCGGUUAGUCAUGCCGUGUUUAAGCCUGAAAAUCACACUGAGAAUGAUCUAGUAGAAAAUUCUAAAGAUAAGGAAGACAAACAAGGCAAGGAGGAAGACAAUAAGGAAUAUAAUGAAAAACAUGAAAAAAAUAUUGAAAAAUGUAACGAGGCAGACAAUAAGGAACACAACGAGGAAGAUGACAAAGAGCAGCAAGAUGAAUCAAAAGAAUCGUCUGACAAGAAGAAAACCAAGGGAGAGGACAGUCAAGAUUAUGUGGACGCUACGAUCGAGUUAGGCAAUCGAACACAUUCUUCGAAUAAACAUUCAGUUCUUACCUGGUACAAUCAUAGACGAAGCUUACAGAAACGUAGAACGUCAGUCAACAAGAAAUACGUCAGCCUAGCGGAAGCAGUAUCACGCUUCCAAAACGAGACGCCCAAGCGUUUCCACACCAGAAGCAAUAAGGUGAAUAAUACUAGUAUGCCACUGUCAAAGACGAUGCAGAACCGUUUAAAACCAACGAUACCGAUUUCACCAGCGCUCAUAUCGAAGAACAGGUCGCGUCCUGUUACUGUGCUGAGCCGAGAAGAGCGCGAGAAAUUGGAAAUGGAAGAGAUGAAGAAACAUCAGAUAAAAGCCAAUCCGAUACCACCUAAUGUACUGCGUGGCUCACGAGUAAUAAAGAAAUCGACGGCAGCCGCGCAUAAUUCUAUGUCUGAAUCCAAUGGGAAAAUUCAUGCUGCAAACUUGUCUCAACUCAACAAAAGUCCAUUGUCACAUCGCGAUAAAGCGUCAUACGGUCCGAAGAAUGUCACGAAGUUGCUGGUGACCGAUCCCUCAGGUCUUGUUGUAGAACACGAGGAGAUAACAUUCUUUGGAGUACCAAAAGACAUCAGUAUAACGAAAAAUGUGACACGCAUCGUACCGUUUAGCUUCGAGGCGCGCAAUAAGGAUCUACAGAUAAAAAAGGAGCAACGGCUGAAGGAUCUGCAAGAAGCCGGUAAAACAAAGACUGAAUUCCAUGCCAGACCAGUGCCAAAUUUCUCGAAGCCACCAACACCACCGGCCAAACAGCAGCAGCAGCAGAAUAGAUCAAAGAAAUCGAUCUUACCUUGUCCAUUCAGCUUUGAUAAUCGGGACAAGAAAGUGUCUGAAAAAAAGGAGCAUUUGGUGAAACAACUGCUCGAAAAGGAUAAGCAAGCGCGUGUAUUCCGCGCGAAUCCAGUACCAGUCUUCAAACCCGUAAUGGUUCGUGGUAGAUCCAAAGAGAAUCUUUCAAUGAAGAACAAGAGUGUGAAGAUCGUAAGCGAGCAAGUGGAAGAUCAGGAAAACAAAGAGCCGAAUAUUGAUUCUUUAAAGGCAAAGAGAACGAAUAUAGAGAAAGCGAAGAACACAGUUUGCACUGUUGAUAAACAGAAAGCACCAUUGAAAGCCUAUCCGCUAAAAUUAAACACUGAUAAACGGGCGAAAGAACGAUGCGAGUUUAACGAGAAGAUAAGGCGCAAGGAAAUGGAAGAGGAGACAAAGCGUCAGGAAGCAGAAAAGAAAAGAUUCGAAUCUGAGAAAUUAAUGAAAACAGAACUCCGCAAGUUAACGGAGAUGAAAGCGAGACCGAUGCCAAUGUACAAAGUGCCAUUUAUUCUUAAAGCGACAAAAAAGCUGACCGAUCCGCAAAGUCCUGCAUUUGCGAGUAAACUCAAAUCGAAGCAAAUAUGAACGUGAUACAUUGAUUAGAGUAUUUCGGUUGAAAAAAAUUUAUAUAAUAUUGUGACUCGCUUGUAUAUUUAUAUAAA